CUCAACCAUGAGAGACAGAAUGUGAAAAAAAACAGAAAAUCACAUUGUUUGAUUUUUAAAGAAUUAUUUAAAAUAUUAGUGACCAAUAAUAGUGACUUAUUUGGUGACCUACAAACAAGCAAGAUUUCUGGCUGUCAAAGAGGUCUAACUUCUUCUAACGAGGUCUAAUGAGGCUCCACUUGUUACCUGUAUUAAUGGCACCUGUUUUAACUCAUUAUUGGUAUAAAAGACACCUGUCUCCAACUUCAGUCAGUCACACUCCAAACUAUUCUAUGGCCAAGACCAAAGAGCUGUCGAAGGACACCAGAGACAAAAUUGUGGACCUGCAGCAGGCUGGGAAGGCUGAAUCUGCAAUAGGUAAAAUGCUUGAUAUAAAGAAAUCAACAAUUAUUAGAAAAUGGAAGACAUACAAGACUACAAAUAAUGUCCCUCGAUCUGGGGCUCCAUGCAAGAUCUCACUCCAGGGCGUCAAAAUGAUAAGAACGGUGAGCAAAAAUCCCAGAACCACACCGGGGGGGGGACCUAGUGAAUGACAUAAAGAGAGCUGGGACCACAGUAUCAAAGGCUACUAUCAGUAACACAAUGCGCCGCCAGGGACUCAAAUCCUGCACUGCCAGACAUGUCCCCCUGCUGAAGAAAGUACACAUCCAGGCCCAUCUGCGGUUCGCUAGAUAGCAUUUAGAUGAUCCAGAAGAGGACUGGGAAAAUGUGUUAUGGUCAACUUUUUGGUAGAAACACAGGUGCUAGUGUUUGGAGGAGAAAGAAUACUGAAUUGCAUCUGAAGAACACCAUACACACUGUGAAGCAUGGGGGUAGAAACAUGCUUUGGGGCUGUUUUUCUGCAAAGGAACCAGGACAACUGGUCUGUGUAAAGGAACGAACAAAUGGGGCCAUGUAUCGGGAGAUAUUGAGUGAAAAUCUCCUUCCAUCAGCAAGGGCAUGGAAGAUGAGACGUAGCUGGGUCUUUCAGCAUGACAAUGAUCCCAAACACACAGCCAGGGCAACAAAGGAAUGGCUUCGUCAGAAGCAUUUCAAGGUCCUGGAGUGGCCUAGCCAGUCUCCAGAUCUCAACCCCAUAGAAAAUCUGUGGAGGGAUUUGAAAGUCCAAGUUGCCCAACGACAGUCCCAAAACAUCACUGCUCUAGAGGAGAUCUGCAUGGAGGAAUGGGCCAAAAAUAUCAGCAACAGUGUGUGAAAAGCUACAGAAAACGUUUGGCCUCCGUUAUUGCCAAGAAAGGGUACAUAACAAAGUAUUGAGAUGAACUUUUGGUAUUGACCAAAUACUUAUUUUCCACCAUGAUUUGCAAAUAAAUUCUUUAAAAAUCAAAUAAUGUGAUUUUCUGUUUUUUUUCACCACAUUUUGUCUCUUAUGGUUGAGGUUUACCCAUGUUGACAAUUACAGGCCUUUCUAAUAUUUUCAAGUAGGAGAACUUGCACAAUUAGUGGUUGACUAAAUACAUAUUUACCCCACUGUACCUGAGAAAACCAAAAAUUUUAUGGAAGAAUGUUCUCUGGUCAGAUGAGACAAAAGUAAGGCUUUAUGGGAAAAGGGUUGGAGUUUACAGGAAAAAAACCGAGGCCUUCAAAGAAAAGAACACUGUCCCCACAGUCAAACUUGGUGGAGGUUCCCUGAUGUUUUGGGGUCGCUUUCCUGCCUCAGGCCCUGGACUGCUUGACCGUGUGCAUGGCAUUAUGAAGUCUGAAGACUACCAACAAAUUUUGCAAAAUAAUGGGCCCAGUGUGAGAAAGCUGUGUCUCCCUCAGAGGUCAUGCGUCUUCCAGCAGGACAAUGACCCAAAACACUUCAAAAAGCACUAGAAAAUAGUUUGAAAGAAAGCGGUGGAGACUUCUAAAGUGGCCAGCAAUGAUUCCAGAACACCUGUGGAGCGAUCUGAAAAUGGCAGUUUGGAGAGGGCACUCUUUAAAUCUCAGAGACCUGGAGCAGUUGGCCAAAGAACAAUGGCCUAAAAUUCUCAACUCAUUGAUUAGUACCGGAAGCGGUUGUUCGCAGUUAUUUUGUCUAAUGGUUGUGCUUCCAAGUAUAAGGCUAAGGGUGCCAAUACUUCUGUCCGGCCCAUUUUUGAAGUUUUGUGUAAAAUGAUAAUGAUUUAAUCUCUUCUUUUUCAUUCUCUUUUCUGUUUUUUCAUUGCAAGCGAAAUAAAUGAAGAUAUUACUCCCAAAGCAUUUGUAAUUGCAAUCAUUUUCUGGGAGAAAUUGAGCAUUAUCUGACAGGAUUGCAGAAUUUUUUUUAUUUGCGUUUUUUUUUAGGUUCCUUUCUCGAUGGCUGCAAAUGCCCUCUACUGAAGCUAUUUUCAGAAAGCUGCUAUAAAAAGGAGACUUAAAUCACAAGCCAUGCAUGUCAGGCCUGCUUCUACGUGCGGUGGAAAACAAUCAUCAUACGCGCGAAAUGUGCGCGCGUGAGCGCCGCCUGGCCCACAUUCCGCUGCAGUCGCGGGACAUGUUAGCCAGCUGAGCCGCGCGCGAGGAGGGGGUGGGAAGAGGAAAAAAAAAAACAUGGACUUCAAAUCGGAGCUUCUCAAGUCCAUCUGGUAUGCCUUCACCUCGCUUGAUGUGGAGAAGUGUGGAAAGGUCUCCAAAUCUCAGCUGAAGGUGCUUUCCCACAACCUCUACACGGUCCUGAACAUCCCGCACGACCCGGUGGCUUUGGAGGAGCACUUCCAGGACGACGACGACGGGCCCGUGUCCAACCACGGCUACAUGCCGUACCUCAAUAAAUACAUCCUUGAUAAGGUGAAGGAAGGCAUGUUUGACAAGGAGAGGUUUGACGACCUGUGCUGGAUGAUGACCGUGAAGAAGAACCGCAAGGGACCGCCGCCCGAGGGGGCGCUGCUGUCUGAGAGGAACUGCUUCAAGCUCUUUUGUCUGUUCAACCUUCUCUCCGAGGAUCGCUACCCGCUGGUCAUGAUCCCGGAGGAGGUGGAGUAUCUUCUCAAGAAAAUCUGCAGCGCCAUGAGUCAGGAGUGGGACGGCAAACCAUUGGAGGACCUGGUAUCCCAGAAUCCCGCACUGCACGAGACGGGCAUGUCUGUCUGGAGCUUCCUGGAGCACAUGGACGCCGGACACCUGCUGCGGGUGUCCAGUGUGGAGGCCUUCCGCCUGGCCUUGAACGAGGUUUUCCUGGAGAUGUACCACAACGUCCUGAAGAGGGGCUACAUGUGGAAAAAGGGACACGUGCGGCGGAACUGGACAGAGCGCUGGUUCGUGCUCAAGCCGUCCUCCAUGGCCUACUACGUCGGCGAGGACCUGAAAGACAAGCGGGGGGAGAUCCUGCUAGACAAGACUUGCGUCAUCGAGCCGAUUCCGGACAGAGAGGGAAAACGUUGCUUGUUUUGCGUCAAAACUCACAACAAAACUUUCGAGAUUAGCGCUUCGGACCAGAGACAGAAAGUCGAGUGGACGCAAGCCGUGCAGACGGCCCUACGGCUUCAGAGCGAGGGGAAGCCGUCGCUGCACCGUGAGCUGAAGGCCAAGAGGCGGGUUCAGAGGGAGCACAGCCAACGGGAGCGCAGUUGCAGCGCCCGCAGCAGCUGCAGCAGCCAAUCGGAGGACUCCAGCACCCUGGAGGUGGAGCGAACUGACAAGGAGCGGCAGGACCUGGAGAUUGAGAACAUCAUACAGCACGCGCGGGAACUGGAAAGCCGACGGCGGGAGGCGGAGGAACGAGAAAGAAGAAAGCAAAGGGAGGUGCAGAUGGAACUGGAGCGACAACUGGAAGAAGCACAAAUGAUGAGGGAGAGCAUGCGGGCGGAGAUGCAGGAGCGGGCUAAGGAGGCCGAGCAACAGCGCCAGAGGAUUCAAGAGUUGGAGGUCACGCAGCGCAAGAUGGAGGCCGCGCUCAACAUGGAGAUUCAGGCGCGAAUGGAGGAGGAGAGAGCACGACAGGAGCUGGAGAGGUUGCUGGAAGCUGAGGAAGAGAAGAAGCAACAGUUUCAGCUCCUCCAAGAGCAGCAGCAGGUCCUGCGCAGCCUCGGCCCCGAUGAUGACGCCGACGCGGACCUCGGCGCCCCCGACGCCCUUCACUCGGCCUCUCGGGAGCUUCAGGAUCUGCGCGCGUCGCGGCAGAGGAGCCACCAGCAUUUGGAGGAAGUGCAAGAGAAGCUCAGGAACGCCAGUCAACACGUCCGCCACUGGAAUGUCCAACUGAACCGACUCAUGAAGCCCAUCGGCCCCGGAGAACGUUUGGAACGACGCUCCACCAAACACACGUGCCCAAAGAAGGAAGGCGCACUGGCCAGCAACGAGUUCAUCUCCAAGUUCAAGAUCCGAGGCGCUCGAAACAGCCACGCGCCCGAGGAAUACCGGGACGCGGUGGAGGAACACGUGGAGGCGGCCAACCUUUCCGACGACUCGGACGAGGCGGCGCAAACCUCAAACGGAACAAUAUGACCACUAGCUGGUACCUAUUUACAGUGACGGUGAGCUGGAAUGACUCGUGCAUUCCCUGAGGACAAAGCAAUUUAAAAAUAUUUUGUAUCAAUAAAAUGUAUGAGAAAGAA